AAAUUUUAGAGUGCAUUCCCUUACAAGUAAAUGGCCCACAUGAAAAAUGGCAAACAUAAGCAAGUCCGAAUUGUUAAAGGCAAUAAGAGAAAUUGUCAAGGGAAAUGAUCUUUCAUCCUUAUCAGCGAAAAAAGUUCGAAGGUCAUUGGAACAGAAGUUCAAUGCUGAUUUCACAGACAGAAAGAAAGAAGUGGAUGCCGCCACAAUGGCAAUAGUGAAAGAGAUGACAGAGGCAGGGUCUGACGCAGAGGAAAGCGAUGAUAAUGCUGCAGAAAAGAAGAGUAAUGGAGCUCAUGAAUCAUCAGAUGACAAUCUGUCAGAUGAUGAACCCCCAGCAAAGAAGGCCAAACCAGAAAAGAAGAAGAGAGACUCCGAAUCAUCGGCUGGUUCUGGGGAUGGAGGUGAAGAUGAUGAGGACAUUGCUCGUCGAUUACAGGAGGAAGAAAACACGUCUCGACGACCAUCCCGAGCAGUCGCUAAGAAACCAAAGAAACCAAGGAAAAAGAAAGAAAAGGAUCCUGAAGAGAAAAAACAGAAGAAGUCUGUAUACAGCAAGCCCUGUUCCUUGUCUCCUGCCCUGGCAGAAGUUGUGGGUGCUGACAAGAUGGCAAGAAGUGAGGUUGUGAAAAAAAUGUGGGCCAUUAUCAAAGAACGGAAUUUACAGGACCCCAAGAAUAAGCAGUUUUUACUGUGUGAUGAUCAGCUAUUCAAUGUGUUCAAGAAAAAGAGGGUGAAAACAUUUGGAAUGAUGAAAAUUCUGAGAAACCACAUAUAUGAUCUGCAGGAAUAAUUGCCAUUUUUCGUGUUCUGGAAUGAAGACAAAUCUAGUUGUUCAUCCCUUUGGUGCAUUGUUACAACACAGAGCCUGUUGACUAGUCAGAGACUAGAAACCAGUCAUGUGUGAGAACCAAUCAAGGUGUGAAUGAGUGUUUGAAUGGAAAUCUUGUUAAAGCGUAUAUAUCUUCAGAGCACUGCAUUCCAGGCCAACAAGUGAUAAACCAUUACUGUUCCAAAUCUCGGUUCACUGUUAUUGUAAUCAUUGAUAUUUUUGUAAGAUGAUGUCUUUUUUUUUCUCUUUCUUUUCUGCAGCUUUCAUUAACUACAGACUUUUAGUUCUUACCUAGGGCAUUUUUUUUUUAUCAGUUUCCUUUUUUUCUAUUUUGGCAGCCUCUUCUUUUUUUCAUUGAAGGAUACAUUUCAUUUUACAUGCACAUCCAUUCUGUAGAUUGGAUAUUUUUUUUUAUCAUCAACUGUAAUAUUUUUGUUUCCAUGCAUUUUUACAACUUUCAUACAAGUCCUUCAGAAUAUAUCAGUCAUGCUGUAAAGUGUUUACAGUAUUUUUGCCUGAGCAAGCUAAUAGGAGUUCUUUCAUACUAUGGUACGUUUAAAAAUUAUAUAUACCUGCACAAAGAUGCUUAAAUAUGUCUCUUAUUGAUUUUUUCUUUUCUUCUUCUUUUUUUUUUUUUUUUUACAUAUAUUGAUGAGUUAUUAUUAGUAUUAAAGAUUGUAGUGGUCUAAAAGACAGUGAGGUUUUAUGAAGUACAAACCUAGUACAAUCUCAACCAUGUGCCUAUCAGCUAUUUUAAGUGCUUUAUGUUUGAUAAUUUCUAACAUCUUCCUUUUUUCUGUGGGUCUCACUCUAGAUCUGAUCCCAAUAUAAAUAUCUUGUUACUUCUGUGUAUAGAAUUGAAAUGUCUACAGAGUCCUGAAAAUUGUGAGAUGUUCGCUUUGUAGUAUUAAUUUUUCUAAAUUUAGCUGUUUGUUCCAAUAAUCGAGGUAUUUUCAAAACAACUAAGAUGAAAUCUUAGUUUCUGGUAUCUUUGAGCUGAAAGUUUAUAAAAAUGUUCACAUGAAAGUAAAUCACCAGAUCUGUUAGUUUUCAUACAAUGUAUAUGUACAUGUAAGUGCACAUCUUGUCAUGAAUCAAAGGAUCUAAUUUUAGAAUUAGAGUGCAUGGUUAUCAAUAACUUAUCAUCUAUUACAUGUAUAUGUACAUUGUAUAAUUGCUGGAAGCAGAACAGUAUUAUAGAUUUAAAAUUAUUAGGCCCAAUGACUUGUAGAAGUAUAUGAUAUAUGUAUGAAGACAUACUAAGUACUAGUAAUUUGAAGUGAGUGAUAACAAUUUCAAAAUUAUUACCAUGAUCAUAUGUAUGUACAUUUGUAAGAAAGGCACAUGUUGAUUGUAUGUUACUACUUGAUAUUAUGAAUGAUGUACUUUGUACAGUGUAUAUUUGUUGCUUUUUCACAAAAUGUGAAUAAAUGAUUCUGACAUUG